AUGUCUGAGAUUGUGCCAAUCACAGAAUGGCCCGACUACAGCGAAAACCCUCAGGGUGGUGAUCCAAUUACACAGGAUCUCAAUGCCCCAUACAACAAGGGCGAUCUCUGCUGGAUCCUGGUAUGCACAAUUCUUUGCUGGCAGAUCACCCCUGCCAUCGGCUACCUUUAUGCCGGCAUGCACAGGCGUAAGGCGGCAUUGACUAUGGUCUUUCAAUCUCUGUUUUGUGCCUGCGCAUGCGGUAUCCAAUACUGGAUUUACGGAUACAGUCUGUAUCAAUCCCAUACCUCAAAUCCAAUCUUGGGGAACCUGUCCUUGGCCGCCUUCCACAACAUCUUGGCUCAGCCGUCGCUGGCAAAUUCGGACAUUCCCGACCUCCUGUACGCCUGCUUCGGCUUCACCUUUGUUACUGCAACCGCCAUGAUCUUGGCAGGCGCCAUGCUUGAGCGUGGUCGUUUGUUCCCCUCAAUGUUGUUCUUGCUCUGCUGGACCACAUUUGUCUACUACAUCUUGGCCUACUGGGAGUGGAAUCCCAGUGGAUGGCUAUACAACCUUGGAGUCUUGGACUUUGCUGGCUCUGGUCCAGUGCACAUUGCUAGUGGAUUUUCUGCCCUGGCAUGGAGCUUAAUGCUGGGUCCUCGACUCAACGAGCACAGCAAGGAGGAGAGACAAAAGAUCAUUCACACCAAGCCACAUAACCCUUUCCUCGUCGGAAUCGGCACGUGUUUUAUCUGGUUUGGUUGGUUCGCUUUCAAUGGUGCAAGUACGGCCAAUUUGUCCCUGCGAUCGAUCUACGUCGUGAUCAACACCAACCUCGCAGCUUGCGGUGGUGGCAUCGCCUGGGCUCUGCUGGAAUACUACUUCAGUGGAAGAUUUAGCAUCAUCGGCUUCUGCUCUGGUAUCAUCUCAGGGCUGGUGGGAAUUACUCCUGCGGCUGGUUUCAUCCCGGUGUACGUGGCGGCUUUGAUUGGAGCUUUGACCUCCUGCUGCUGCUACUUCACCAACAAGUACAAGCAUCUUCUUUCGAUCGACGAAGGUCUCGAUAUCUUUGCCAUCCAUGGUGUUGGAGGCUUCGUGGGUGAUAUCCUGACCGGCUUCUUCGCCGCCUCUUGGGUUCCAGCCUUGGACGGGGUCUCUGGCGACGCAUACGCAGGUGGCUGGUGGGAACACAACUGGAUACAGAUGGGAUACCAACUAGCGGCCGCCGUAACCUGCGCCUCAUGGAGUUUCGUCAUCAGCUGUAUCUUGUUGUUUGUGAUCAACAAAAUCCCAGGAUGCCACAUUCGCGCCAAGGAUGAGGAUGAAUUGCGUGGAUUGGACUUCAAAUACCUCAGCGAUGCUCAUUGGGACGAUCUCAUGGUUGAUUCCCAUCCUCCUGCUUCGAGCACCGUCCAUGAAGGUGUUCCUUUUACAGGAUCUGGCCCAGGCAGCGAGAGUGGAAGUGGGUCUCCUGUCAAGAGAGAUGGUGCUGAACCUGCCAAGUUGGAUUAGGCUCUGGGAAAGUACUGCCAUCACCAUGUCUUAGUUUUUGCGUGGUAGAGAUAGAUGAUCCCACCUCAUUCACUCAUGUUCAAUGGGAGGGAGGUUCGUUUAGAUUCACUUGAUGUAUUUGUUGACCACUGUCAAGAGUGGAAUCUAAU